AGAAGUAUCACUUUCCCACUUCAUUGCUCUCUGUUUGCAAUCUCACUUCGUUUUGUUUCUCAAAAAUUGAACUCAAGGAGGAGUGUUCUUAUCCCGAGGGUUUCCUUCCCAGUUGUUCUAUAGUUUGUUCUGCUUCGUAUAGACUUUUCAAGCGAAAACAUGGACUUUCUUGUUUCCAUUGUUGGAUCUCUUGUUUCCAAAGCUGCUGAGUACACCGUCGAUCCCACUGCACGACAACUUAGUUACUUAUUCAAGCAUAAGACCAAGUUUCUGAACCUCCGGAGUAAAGUUCAAGACCUGAAGGAUGCAAGAGAAAGGGUGCAACAAUCUGUUGAUUCGGCUACCAGGAAGGGGGAGAAGAUUUUUGAUGAUGUUCGAAGGUGGUUGACAGAGGCCGAUGAGAAGAUCUACGAGCAGGCCGCAAAGCAGUUGGAGGAGGAUGAAGAGAAAGCAACCAAGAGGUGUUUCGCCGGCUUUUGCCCCGAUUUCAAGUCCCGUUAUCAGCUUAGCAGGAAAGCGGAAAAGGAGGCCAAUGCCAUAGCUCAACUCCUGACUGAAAAGGAUGCAUUUAAGGAUGUUUCCUACCAUCCUGCAGUUGAAGUGACAGACGUUAUCAGAUCUGUCAAAGAAUACGAGGCCUUCGGAUCAAGAAGCGUUGCUUUUGAUGAGGUCAUGGCAGCAUUGGAAGAUGAGACUGUCAGUAAAAUUGGAGUGUACGGGAUGGGGGGUGUGGGGAAAACCACACUUGUCAAAGAGGUCGCCAGACAAGACAAGGUGAAACUGUCGUUUGAUGAGGUGGUCUUCGUACCUGUAACACAAACUCCAAAGGCAGUAAAUCUUCAAAAUGAGAUUGCCAGUCAGUUAGGAAUGAAACUAGACAACGACUCAAGCGCUGAUGUGCGAGCAGCCCGGCUACGCGAUCGACUGAAGAAAGCUAAGAAGGUUCUUGUCAUCUUGGAUGAUAUCUGGGUGGAACAGGAAGUGGACACACUUGGAAUUCCUUCAGCAGACCAACACAGGGGAUGCAAGAUAUUGAUGACAUCUAGGAAGAUUGAUGUGUUAAAAAGGAUGGAUUCUCAACCAAACAUUUCAAUUGAAACACUGAAAGAAGAUGAAGCUUGGAACCUGUUCAAGAAAAUGGCUGGUCAUAUUGUUGAAAGCUCUGAAAUACGGUCUAUAGCAGUUGAGGUUGCCAAAAGAUGUGCAGGACUGCCAAUCGCUAUUGCUACAAUUGCAAAGGCUUUAAAGCCUAAAGAUAAGUUGUUUGAAUGGAGGGAUGCUUUGCGACAACUAAGUAAGCCCUCUAAAACAAAUUUCGAAGGCAUACCAGCAUACGCAUAUAAAGCAAUAGAGUUGAGCUAUAAGUUUCUAGAAGGUGAGGAACUUGGGCCAAUCUUUUUACUAUGUAGCAUAAUGGGUCAUAAUGCUACCGUGGAGAAAUUGUUGAGAUAUGCCAUUGGUUUGGGUUUUAUCCAUGAUGUUAACACCAUGGAAGACAGUCGAGAUAGAGUAUUGACAUUGGUAAACAGUCUCACGGCCUCUUCUUUGUUACUAGAAGGUUCUCACCCAAACCGUUUUGACAUGCACGACGUUGUACGUGAUGUCGCCCAAUCCAUAGCCUCAAGAGAUCGACAUUGGCUAGCUUUAUUCGAAGAGUUGCCAAACGAGGAGAAAAUGAAAGAAAGCCAGCUGAUAAGUUUACAGAAUGCGGAGCUCAAUGAGCUUCUUUAUCACGAGUUAGAAUGUCCAACCCUUGAUUAUUUCUCAAUUGGCAUGGAUCAUUUUUCGCCUCUGAAAAUUUCAAAUGACCUUUUUAAGGGGAUGCAAAGACUCAAAGUCUUGGAAUUUGGGAAAACAAAAUUUACAACCUUGCCUUCCUCUCUUGGUUUCUUGAAAACUCUCUGUACAUUGCGUUUGAUAGACUGUGCUUUAGAAGAUAUAGCCAUCUUUGGAGAGUUGGGAAAUUUAGAAAUCCUUGACCUCCGUGGAUCUAGAAUGGAAAUGCUUCCAAAGGAGAUAGGACAGUUGACCAGGCUAAAAUUACUAGACUUGACUGAAUGUGGCCGUCUUAAAGUAAUAUCACCGAAUGUGUUGUCAAGUUUAUCUAGAUUGGAAGAACUAUACCUAUACUAUAGCUUUGAUGGAUGGGAGGUUGAGGGAAUUGAGACUCCAAGAGGGAAUGCCAGUCUUGUUGAGUUGCAGCAUUUGUCUCGUCUAAUCACUUUGGAAAUACAUAUUCCUGAUGUGGAAGCCAUACCAAAGGAUAACUUGUUUCUCGGAAAGAUGAAAAGGUUCAAGAUUUCAAUUGGAAAUGAGACGUGGAAAGGGUCUGAUCUGGAGAGGGUGGAAACAUCAAGAAUGUUGAAGCUCCAGACGAAUAAAAUUAUUCAUUUGGUCAAUGGGAUUAAAUUGCUGUUGGGAAAAACUCAAAAUCUAUAUCUCUUUCGAUUGGAAGAUGUUGAGGAAAUGCUCUAUUACCCAAGUGUCGAAUCUUUUGGGCAAUUAAGAUCCCUGAGAGUCGAGUUGUGCGAUAGGUUAAAGAAUUUGUUCUCAUUUUCCAUAGCCAGAACACAUCACCUGCUUGAAGUACUUGAGGUAUCAGAUUGCAAGAACCUCACAGAGUUAAUUGUAGAAAAGGAAGAGAUUAGCGAGAAUGACACUUUGGAAUUUAGUAAACUUCGCAUCUUAACGCUAGAUAGACUGGAUAAAUUUAAUGGCUCGUGGCAUUCGGAAAAUACAUUUCAAUCCGUCGCAUGGCUUUUUGAUAAAAAGGUUUCGUGUCCAGCCUUGGAGGAGUUGGACUUGAAGUCAGUGGGUGGCAUUGAGAAAAUAUGGCAUAUUGAUGAUCAACUUUCUGGAAUGUCUUUUGGGGUUCAAAGUUUAAGUUUUUUGAGAGUGUUGUAUUGCCGUAAGUUGAAGUACGUAUUUACUUCAUCUAUGGUUAAAAGCUUUGUGCAUCUGAAAGAACUUGUGGUUUGUGGAUGUGAUGAAAUGGAAGAGAUAAUAGAAGGAACAUUAGCGGCAACAGAAGAAGAAAGGAUUAGAGGCAGCAUAUGUGUGUUCCCUAAACUUGACUUUAUGUAUCUCCUUGGGCUUCCAAAAUCGAAAAGAUUUUGCAGUGGAAAUUAUCCAAUUGAAUUUCCCUCGCUAAGGGUGUUAAUGCUACAAAGAUGUCCUGAAUUGAAUACGUUCCUUUGUGAUAGUGGAAAGAGCGGAGAAGCGCCGCCAAAUUAUCUCUUCAAUGAAAAGGUUUCGUGUCCAGCCUUGGAGAGGUUGCACUUGGCGUCAGUGGGUGGCAUUGAGAAAAUAUGGCAUAUUGAUGAUCAGCUUUCUGGAAUUUCUUUUGGGGUUCAAAGUUUAAGAGAUUUGAAUGUUUGCGGUUGCAAUAAGUUGAAGUACGUAUUUACUUCAUCUAUGGUUAAAAGCUUUGUGCAUCUGAAAACACUUUUUGUUGAUGACUGUGAUGAAAUGGAAGAGAUAAUAGAAGGAACAUUAGCGGCAACAGAAGAAGAAAUGAUUAGAGGCAGCAUAUGUGUGUUCCCUAAACUCGACUCUAUGCGUCUCGAUGGGCUUCCAAAAUCGAAAAGAUUUUGCAGUGGAAAUUAUCCAAUUGAAUUUCCCUCGCUAAGGGAGUUAAGGCUACGAAGAUGUCCUGAAUUGAAUACGUUCCUUUGUGAUAGUGGAAAGAGCGGAGAAGCGCCGCCAAAUUAUCUCUUCAAUGAAAAGGUUAUACUUCCUGUGCUAGAGAUAUUGGGAAUUUAUGAAAUGGACAACUUGGAGACGCUAUGGUGUGACCAACUUGCUCAACAUUCCUUUUCUACACUAACUUCCAUAAAUUGGCCCUCAUUGAAGAAGCUGUAUGUGAGUGGAUGUCACAAAGUGGGGAUAUUGUUUGCUUCUCGAGAAGUAAGUGGAAGUCAUCAGCCCCUCUUUUGGGUGAAUGAGGUUAUACUUCCUGUGCUAGAGAUAUUGGGAAUUUAUGAAAUGGACAACUUGGAGACGCUAUGGUGUGACCAACUUGCUCAACAUUCCUUUUCUACACUAACUUCCAUAAAUUGGCCCUCAUUGAAGAAGCUGUAUGUGAGUGGAUGUCACAAAGUGGGGAUAUUGUUUGCUUCUCGAGAAGUAAGUGGAAGUCAUCAGCCCCUGUUUUGGGUGAAUGAGUCUACGUUUCCAAAUCUACAUGAACUCACUUUGGGAUGGAAUGCUGGAAUCAAAGAUAUCAUAUGGCAUUCUCACUGCUUGCCCAACCUGAAAGUCGUUAAACUUGAGGGGUAUCCGGACCAAUUAACCCUAUUACCAUCAUACUUGUUCCAUUUAUUAGCCUUACCCUAUCUUCAAACACUUGAAAUAUGCUGGUCUGAUUUUAAAGAGAUGGUAUUCGAAAGUGAAGAAGGUGGUGAGGAAAAGCCUGCAUCGCUGCUACUUUCUCAGAUAACUGAAUUAAAGUUGAAUUCUCUUCUUGAAUUGGUGCAUCUAUGGAAGGAAAAGGAAGGAUUCCCAAAUCUAAGGAUUUUGGAUGUUGACCGGUGUCAUGAAUUAAAAGGUAAUCUAGCUCCAUCCUCGGCAUCUUUCCGAAAUCUGGUGACUUUGAAAGUAUGCAACUGUGAUGGAAUCAUAAAAUUAAUCACACAUCCCACAGCCAAUAGUCUAGUGCAUCUCAAAGAAAUGAGUAUAACCAGAUGUAGAAAUAUAGAGGAGAUAAUACAAGGUGGGGAUGAUCACGAUGAACUCAGUUUCCCCCUACUCAACAGUUUGGAACUUGAAGAUCUACCAAAGCUAGAAAGCUUCUGCUCAUCAGGGAAUUAUACCUUUUCAUUCCCAUCCUUGGAAGAUCUAGUUGUACAGGAUUGCCCCAAGAUGAAGAUGUUCUCUCAAGGACACUCAAACACUCCAAUGAUACAACACCUAUUCAGAGAAAAGCAUGCGAUGAACGAGGAAGGUGAGAAUUCUAAAGAAGAUCAAAGUAAAUCUUUUCCACUUCUAAUGCCCAGAAUCUCAGAGGAAGUGGAAAAUUCCACAAAAGAUAAAGGCAGUUCUUCAACUUCUAACUUCGAAUGACCAUCAAUGUAUGGUAGCAGAAAACUAAUCGAUUCGAAUGUCGCCCCUCCUAUUUUGCUCUGCCUUGAAUGAAGUUUGAUGGCUUGCGAAGAAAUGAAUCGAAGGUUUAAAAUAUGGAUUCGAUAGAAUUUGUAAUUAACAAAUUUUCCAUCUUUAGAAUAUCGUUUGAUUGGUUCUAAUAUUUGUGACGAAUAGUACAGAUUGUGU